AUGGCUUCCAUGAAUGGUCAGCCCAAGGGCUUUGCACUUGUUCUACAGAAUCCCUAUCUCUGCGGUGUUGCAUCGUUCUCAACCCUAGGAGGCUUGCUAUUCGGCUAUGACCAAGGCGUCAUCAGCGGUGUCAUCACAAUGGAGUCCUUCGGGGCUCGAUAUCCCCGCGUUUUCACAGAUAGCGGAUACAAGGGUUGGUUUGUAUCGACGCUGUUACUUGCAGCCUGGUUUGGAUCCUUGAUCAAUGGUCCAAUCGCCGAUCGAAUAGGCCGGAAAUUAUCGAUCAAUGUGGCGGUCGUGGUCUUUACUAUUGGAUCGAUCAUCCAGUGUGCUGCGAUGACUAUCCCGAUGCUCUUUGCUGGUCGGGCUAUUGCUGGUUUGGCAGUUGGUCAGCUUACCAUGGUUGUUCCGCUGUAUAUCUCUGAGGUUUCUAUUCCGGAGAUUCGUGGAGGACUUGUGGUCGUGCAGCAAUUAUCUGUUACCCUUGGAAUCCUGAUUAGCUAUUGGAUUGAUUAUGGAACCAACUAUAUUGGUGGUACCCGCUGCGCUCCUGGUAUUCCUUAUACGGGUGGAACGACAGCCAAGCCUGCCUUUGACCCUUACCAUGAUGUCCCCAUGACUGGCUGCAGUGGACAAUCAGAAGCAUCAUGGCGUAUCCCUCUUGCCAUACAGAUUCUUCCGGCAGUUAUUUUGGGUAUUGGAAUGCUCUUCUUCCCGGACUCGCCGCGUUGGCUGUUAAUGAAAGAGCGUGAUGAUGAAUCGCUGAAUGCACUCUCUAAACUGCGUCGACAGUCGAGGGAUAGCCCUUUACUUAUGAACGAGUACCUUGAGAUCAAGGCCUCGAUCAUGCUGGAGAACACCUUUGCCAGGGAACAUUUCCCCAAUUUGUCUGGGUACAAGUUACAUAUUGCUCAGUACAUGUCUUUCGUGACAACCUGGGCUCGUUUCAAACGACUGGCUAUUGGCUGCAUUGUCAUGUUCUUCCAGCAGUUUAUGGGAUGCAAUGCCAUUAUCUACUACGCGCCCACAAUCUUCGCCCAGCUGGGCCUAGACGGCAAUACAAGCUCCCUUCUUGCUACUGGCGUAUACGGCAUCGUCAACUGUCUCAGUACACUCCCAGCACUAUUCUUCAUCGACAAAGUUGGUCGCCGGGUUCUCCUCAUGGCAGGUGCCACGGGAACAUGUAUCUCGCUGGUCAUUGUCGGUGGUAUCUUGGGUGGCUAUGGGUCACGACUGGUAGAUAAUAAGUCGGCUGGGUGGGCUGGUAUUGCCUUUAUCUAUAUCUACGAUAUCAACUUCUCCUAUUCAUUCGCCCCCAUCGGUUGGGUUCUGCCAUCUGAGAUCUUCAAUCUAUCGAUUAGAUCCAAGGCGAUCUCUAUUACAACCUCGGCGACAUGGAUGUGCAAUUUCAUCAUUGGCCUUGUCACGCCUGACAUGCUGGAAUCCAUUACUUGGGGCACAUACAUCUUCUUCGCAGCCUUUUGUUUGCUUGCGCUACUUUUCACUUACUUCUGUAUUCCUGAGACACGAGGAAAGACACUCGAAGACAUGGAUCUCAUCUUUGGUGACACAGCCGCCCACGAAGAAAAGAAGCGCAUCAAGAAUAUCGAAGCCGAAUUACGCGGAACGCCUAUCGUGGAGGACGACGACUUGGUGAAACCAGUCGGUCAGCAUGCAGAGAUUGUCGACGUGUAA